AUGUCUCCUUCCGUCUGCCUCGCCAUCUUGUUACUUGCACUGGCCUCGCCGUCGCCGGCAUCAGCCAACAUCCCCAGCACUAGCAACAAUGGCGUCGCCGUCGUGACCCCUAGCGUGCCCACGGCGACCCAGUUCCUGCAGUCGCACAACGACGCGCGCCGCGAUGUCGGCGUGGCACCCCUGACGUGGAACUCGACGCUGGAGCAGGACGCCCAGCGGUACGCGGACCGGCUCAGCAUCGGCUGCAAGCUGGAGCCACUAGACAUCGAGCUGAUCUACCUGCAGAACACCUACAACGGCAGCGGUUACCAAGAUGGCGCCGCCGUCACCGCCUCGUGGGUGAACGGGCGGCGGUGGUACGACUACCGCGCUAACGCAUGCGCGCCCGGCCACGAAUGCGGGGCCUACAAGCUGGUGGUGUGCAGCAGCGCGCAAGAGCUCGGCUGCGCCCGCCGCACCUGCCGGAGCAGCCCGGACACCGUGGCUGUUUGCAGCUACUUCCCUGACUGCGACUACAACGACCGGCCAUACUGAGUAUAUACGGAAGCUAAAUCAGAAAAGAUGUGUUCAAAUAAUAUAUGAUGCGAAAUAAGGUGUUUGGUCCGGCGAUUUUUGGUCAAGUAAUGGGAAAUUCGGACUA